AUGCUGAGCGCCAUCCUGCUUGCCUUGGUGCUUUCCAGGGCCGGGCUGGGCCUGGUGAGUGAGGUCAGGGGCCUGGUGGGGGUGGAUGAUGGAGGGAAGGGCAAGAGGGCUUCAGGAGGCAACAGCCUUCGAAGGGCCUUGGGCAACCGAGCUGUUUCUUAGGGGAGCAGGAUGAGAUGGAACUAAAUGGGCAGCCCAAGUCCAUCUCUGUCCGGUUUCAGCUGCCCACAGAAAAUGGGUCCUAUAUCUCUGGACUGCCAGGGAACAACAGACAGGCCUUGUUCAACUUUCCUUUCCUAAGACGUUCACACUGGUUUACGAAGGCAGAAAUCAUACAGUUGUACAGUUGGGAAGGACUGCAAGGGUCAUCUAGUCCAAAUCCUUGCACGGCAGGAAUUGCAGCUAAAGUAUCCCUGGCAGAUGGCUAUUCAACAUCUGCUUUAAAAUCGCCAGUGGUGUCUGUCACCUUCCAAGGGAGUCUGUCGUGCUGUCACACAGCUCUUACUGUCAGAAAGGUUUAGCUGGAAUCUCUUUUCUUGUCACUGGAAUCCACUGGUUUGGGUCCUGCCGUCCAGAGCGGUGGAAAACCAGCUUCCACUAUCAGUAACAAAAUAGGAUAGCAGAUACAUAGGAGACAAUACAGCAAGCAAUAUUGACAGCCUUGUGGAAGAGGUGCCUCCCCCGUCUCGAAGAGUCCGAGUUCUUGCAAAUUCCAAAUCAGUCUGAUGAGAUCCACCCUCCUGGACGGAUCAGAAUUCAGUUGUACUUUCACAGUUCCCCACAGUUCCAGUGCAGUUCUUGGCUCAAAAACAAGGCCUCCAAAUAUAUUUUAAUGUGCGCGUUUUGAGAGGGAACAGGGAUUUUAGUGCGGAUUCUCACAGCCAAGGGGAAACCUAGUGGGCCGGUGAGACACAAUUAUCUAUGGAUGCAAACGCAAUAGGAAGAAUAGGGCAGAGGGCUUUCUGGAGGUGGUCUUGCACUGUGUCAAAGAGGACACAGAGCAGCAUCGCUCCAAAUAAUCGUUGUGUGCGGUAAUGCUGGGUCCGAAGAGUAACUUUGUACUGGGGACAUGUCAAAAAUGCUGAGGGAGAUAUUCGGAUGGAGAACGAAAUCAAGGAAACAUUCAAAAGAGGAAAUGCUAUAGUAAUAGGCAACUUCAGUUACACACACCUAAGUCCCAGAUGCGGCCCAAUCGCCUUCUCAAUCCGGCCCGCGGACGGUCCAGGAAUCAGCGUGUUUUUACAUGAGUAGAAUGUGUGCUUUUAUUUAAAAUGCAUCUCUGGGUUAUUUGUGGGGGCAUAGGAAUUCGUUCAUUUUUUUUCUUCUUCAAAAUAUAGCCUGGCCCCCCACAUGGUCUGAGGGACGGGGGACCGGCCCCCUGCUGAAAAAGGUUGCUGACCCCUGGUCUAGGCUGUUGCGUACACAUCACACGUAGGGGUAUCAUUUCUAGAUGCCCUCAAUGUCUGUGCCCUAGGAACAGAGCAGGGUGCCCGGGACUUCAUCUUAAGUGGCACCAGAACUUGGUGCAAGUGAUCUUGAACCAACUGGGAACAGUGACCAUAGUGCUAUCUGAUUCAGUGUAUGUGCAAAUAGACAAUUGCAAAGAAAAUCUAGCGGUCACAUUUGAAAUUUCCUAAACCGGAGAGGACUGGGACAAAAAGGAAGUUGCAAGGGUCAAAGUCAAGAGGGUCAAUUCGCUCCAAAUAUUUGGGGGGUUGUUUAAAAAGACAGUAUUAGCUAGAAUGUAUGCACUGUAGAUCAAAUGAGGUACUGGCAGGGUGCCAAUGUGGUCAAAUAAGCUGUUAGAGAGGCAAGAAAAUUUCUAUUAGAAAAUGGAAAUCUUGUUCAAAUGAGACCAAAAAGGAACAUGAAAAUACAGAGAGAAGUAUGCAGACAGUAAGGAAUGCAAAAAAGAAGAAGAAAAGUAUUUGAGGAGCAAAUUGCUAAAAACAGAAAGACCACGAGCAAUGAAAGCUCUCAGGUAUGUUGCUAGCAGACAGCCGGUUAGGGAGGCAGUGGGGUGUCUUUGGGUGAUGAGGGGGGGAAAUUGUGCCAAAGGAGAAUAAGGCGACUGCAGAGAAGCAGAAUAAUAAUAAUAAUAAUAAUAAUAAUAAUAAUAAUAAUAAUUUAUUAUUUAUACUCCGCCCAUCUGGCUGAGUUUCCCCAGCCACUCUGGGCGGCUCCCAAUCAAGUGUUAAAAAUAGUACAGCGUUAAAUAUUAAAAACUUCCCUGAACAGCGCUGCCUUCAGAUGUCUUUUAAAGAUAGGAUAGCUGCUUAUUUCCUUCACAUCUGAUGGGAGGGCGUUCCACAGGGCGGGUGCCACUACCGAGAAGGCCCUCUGCCUGGUUCCCUGUAACCUCACUUCUCGUAAUGAGGGAACCACCAGAAGGCCCUCGGUGCUGGAUCUCAGUGUCCGGGCUGAACGAUGGGGGUGGAGACACUCCUUCAGGUCCACUUCUGUCUUCACAAUAGAAGAGACUUUGACGGGAAGGAAGUUUGAGGAAUUGAAGCACAAUAGUGGUGACAAAAAAGUCUAGACCUAACUGACAAAAUAAAUACUAAGAAAUGACCGGUUCUGUAUGACAUCUCUCCCUCCCCCUCCUAUGGGACCAAGGCGGCUGCCCUCACACCAAUCCAUCAGGCAAAAUACUGUUCCUUCUACGGAGUGUGCGGCAAGAACCCCGAAAUCAGUUCCAGUCUUCUCCCAGCAGUUGUCCCUUGCAUCUCCAACACGCCGGCCCGGAAACUCAAUGGCUCCCACCUCAACCUCCUCCAGACCGUCUGCCCGAUGCUGUUCACGGGGGCCAAUGACACCUUCGCCUGCUGCUCCGAGGCCCAGCUGCGAGACCUGCAGACCAGCCUGUCCAUGUCCCAGGCGAUUCUGUCUCGCUGCCCGUCCUGCUCAGAGAACUUUGCCAGCAUCUAUUGCCAGAGCACUUGCAGCCCAGACCAGAGCCUCUUCACCAACGUCACCCGCUAUUUCAACCGCACCAUCCAGGGGGAGGAGAAGCAAGGGGUCUUGGAGUACCAGUGCUACUACAGCCAGCGCUUUGCUCAGGAGUCCUUCGACUCUUGCAAAGGGGUGAGGAUGCCAGCCACGGGUGGCUACGCCAUCAGCACCAUGUGUGGCAAAUAUGGGGCCACCUUGUGCAACAGCCAGAGGUGGCUGGAUUACCAGGGGGACACAAGCAAUGGGGUGGCCCCUUUGGCCAUCUCCUUCCAUCUGGUGCCCGAAGGCUCUGCCCCAAUUCAGGGUGGCAUCGUGCCCUUCAACGGAACGGCCUGGAAGUGCAGCGAGGCAGUGGGCAAUGGGACCAAGGAGAGGUGUUCCUGCCAGGACUGUUCCCAGGCAUGUCCUGCAGCCCUGGACCCUCACCCUGCCCAGAAGCCCUUCCAAGUGGGGGGAAUGGGUGGGGUCCUGUUCCUGUGCAUCUUCCUCUUCGGCCUCCUCAUGGUGCUGUUUGUGGCCUUCCUGAUCCAGCGAGGGUGCUCCUGCUCGUGUCGGAAACAGAAGGACAAAGGUCCCAAGAAAGCCAUGCCCAAGCCAACCUGUUCUCAGAAAGUGAGCCAGGCCACCCAUGACUUCCUGGCCAGGAUAUUCAGCUGGUGGGGCACACUGGUGGCCUCCUACCCCAUCCAGGUGAUCACCAUCUCGGUGGUGGUGGUGAUAGGGCUCUCCAGCGGGCUGGUCUUUAUCCAGCUGACCACAGACCCUGUGGAGCUGUGGUCCAAACCCGACAGUCAGGCCCGGAAGGAGAAGACCUUCUAUGAUGAGAACUUUGGGCCCUUCUUCAGGACUAACCAGGUCAUCAUGACCGCCAAGGACCGUCCCAGCUACACCUACGACUCCCUCAUCCUGGGCAAUAAGAAUUUCAGCGGCAUCCUUUCCAUGGAGGUUCUGUUGGACCUGCUGGACCUGCAGCAGAGGCUGCAAGCCAUCGAGGUCUGGUCUGCGGAGUAUGGCAGGAACGUCUCUCUGAAGGACAUCUGCUAUGCCCCCCUGAACCCUCAGAAUUCUACCCUCUCUGACUGCUGCGUCAACAGCCUGUUGCAGUAUUUUCAGAACAACGUAACCCGCCUAAAUAUGACAGCCAACCAGACGGUGAGGGGCAAGAAUGGCACCGUGGACUGGCGGGACCACUUCCUCUAUUGCGUCAAGUAAGCCCUGGCCCCCAGGGGACCCCCUUUUUUAAUAUAGACUUUAGUGGGACAGCGGCCUUUGUUUUGAUCAGGCUGAGCUGGAGCAGGGGGUGUGCGUCAGGCUGAGCUGGAGCAGGGGGUGUGAGUUCUGUGUUUGGAGUCAGGAACAAAUUACCUCCUGCACCAGCUUGGCACAGACCUCAAGGCAGGAGGUGAGGCUGGGCCUUCCCGGGAGCCUGGUUUUGUUGGCAGCGCCCAGAGGUGGCCUUCAAAGUGGAGGGUUGGCAACCAACUGCUGGCUCUGAGUCUCUGCUCAUGCUUCGCUGCAGUCCAGCAAGAGCAGGGUCCUUCCUCCCACAAGUGCCAUUGUCCCUUUGCCUGUGGCUCAGGCUUAGAGCCCCUGAUAGGCGAUCGGAAGGUCCUCUGUUCGUCCCCAUCAUCAUCCCUAGGUAGGGUUGAGAAAGGUCUGGGAACCUGGAGAGCCGCUGCAAACUGAGGUUGACGGGGGAGGGGGGACGUUUUGGCUCUGUGGCCCCCACCCCUCCAUGCCAACGUGGACAGGUGCCGAGACAAAUCAGAUCACAGCAUGAAAAUAGGGAUGUCCUAUUCCAUAAUGAUGAUGAUGAUGAUGAUAUUCUGUUUUAUACCCCACCCAUCUGACUGGGUAGCCCCAGCCACUCUGGGCGGCUUCCAACAAAUAUAAAAACAUAAAUGUAAAGGGAGCCCUGACCAUUAGGUCCAGUCGUGACCGACUCUGGGGUUGCAGCGUUCAUCUCGCUUUACUGGCCGAGGGAGCUGGUGUACAGCUUCUGGAUCAUGUGGCCAGCUUGACUAAGCCGCUUCUGGCAAACCAGAGCAGCGCAUGGAAACGCCGUUUACCUUCCCGCCGGAGCGAUACCUAUUGAUCUACUUGCACUUUCGAACCGCUAGGUUGGCAGGAGCAGGGACUGAGCAAUGGGAGCUCACCCUGUAGCGGGGAUUCGAACCGCCGACCUUCUGAUCGGCAAGCCCUAGGCUCUGUGGUUUAACCCACAGCGCCACCCGCAUCCCCUAUAAAAACAUAAGUGAACAUUAAAAAACUUCCUUAUACAAGCUGUCUUCAGGUGUCUUCUAAAGGUUGUACAGUGGAACCUCGGUUUUCGAAUGUAAUUCGUUCCGGAAGACUGUUCAACUUCCGAAACGUUCAAAAACUGAGGAGUAACUGGCGGUGGGCAAAAUCCAUUGAGGAAAAAAGAAAAACACGUUCGGCUUCCAAGGCAUGUUCAAAAACGGAAGCAAUUACUUCUGGGUUUUUGGCGUCCAAAACGUUUGGCUUCUGAGACGCUUGAAAACUGAGGUUCCACUCUAUAGUUCUCUCCUUGGCUCAGGGGUGGCAUAACUCCAUAACCUCCAGCACUUCUCUGAUCGAAAUAGGGACGUCCUAAGGAAAAGCGGGACAUUCCGGGAUCAAAUGAGGUACUGGGAUGAUGGCUUCUGUAAAUCCGGGACUGGCAAUGGGAAACAGGGUCUGGCACAAAGCACCUUGCAAAGCAUACAGGUGGCGCUGUGGGUUAAACCACAGAGCCUAGGACUUGCUGAUCAGAAGGUCGGCGGUUUGAAUCCCCGUGACGGGGUGAGCUCCUGUUGCUCGGUCCCUGCUCCUGCCCACCUAGCAGUUCGAAAGCACGUCAAAGUGCAAGUAGAUAAAUAGGUACCGCUCCGGCAGGAAGGUAAACGGCAUUUCCAUGCGCUGCUCUGGUUCGCCAGAAGCGGCUUUGUCAUGCUGGCCACAUGACCUGGAAGCUGUACGCCGGCUCCCUCGGCCAAUAAAGCGAGAUGAGCACCACAUCCCCAGAGUCGGCCACGUCUGGACCUAAUGGUCAGGGGUACCUUUAUCUUUAAGGAAAAGAGGGACAUUCUGGGAUCAAGUGAGGAACUGGGAUGAUGGCUUCUGUAAAUCCAGGACUGGCAAUGGGAAACAGGGUCUGGCGCAAAGCACCUUGCAAGCCCCACGCCUCCGCCCCAGCCAAUGACCCUUCUUUUUUCAGACACUGGCUGCUCAAGCGAGUUCCCUGAGUGUGCAGCUGACUCAGCAGGCUUUGACCCUCCCAUCCUUCAGCAGUUUAGGGCUCCUAGUUGUGCCCUGCCCGCUGCUUCUCUUCCCGCCCCACCAGCAAUUUCAUGCGUGGGGCAAGUGACUGCGGUUUGGGGGCCACAGCUGAACUCCUGGUGGGGGAAUUUUGGCUUGUGGCCAGGAGGUUCUCCACGCCUGAAGCAGACAGUGCAGAGCUCGAUGGGCCGGUUCUGGCAAAGGCAGCGUCCUCUGCUGUCCCUGGUGCACGAGACAGCUCCUUUCCUCUGAAAUCAGGAGGGCUUCCCAGAGGGUCCUUAACGCCGGUCUCUCACUAGGCGUUCAAUUCCUUUGCCUUCGCAGCUCACCUCUCUCUUUCCAAGACAUCACUUCGCUGGAGCUGAGCUGCAUGGCAGAAUACGGAGGGCCUGUCUUCCCUUUCCUGGCCGUGGGGGGAUAUCCAGGUAAGAGGCAUGCCCACCCCCACCCCCCUGGGAGGAAAGAUUGGGUCUUUUGUGUCAUGCACAGAUUGGGCUGCCCAGGCCACAAGGGGCUGCGGUUAUAAGUGGUAUUAAGACAUUUUUUAAGGUCAGCGGUGUGUGUGUGUGUGCACAUGCACAUGUGCUAUUUUGGUACUGUGGCAACCACCACAGCUUACGUGUGUUUUUUUAAAAAAUGCUUUUUAUUAACUUUUUGUUACAACACAUAAACACACACACUAACAUGUAAGGACAAUUAAGAAACAAACUAAAAAGAAAACAAACAACAAACAUAUAACCAUAAAUCUGUAUGCUCUUGCACAUGGACUUAUGUUACCCUAUUUUAUAUUUCCCAUUCUUAUUCUUUUCUAGUAUUACUUCUUUCCUUCCUCAAAGAGGGUCUACUUUCCUGUUUGUUAAUCUGUUUCUUUCUCAUUUCAUCAUUUCUACCCUUCUCCAUCUACUGUACUUAGUUAUAGACCAUAUUGUGGUUUGCGAAAAUUACUCAGUGCAAGUCCCGGUUUUGAUUUGAGGACACUGGGUUUUUUUAAGGUAAUCUCUAUACACUCCUCACUCUUUUUGGAACCUUUGGUUAGACUGCCCCCUAAUUGUAUCCAUCAGUUUUGCCAUUUCAAAAUAUUCAAAUAGUCUGUCCUCCCACUCUUUUUUUGUUGGUACUAUUUCACUUUUCCAAUGUUUAGCUGUUACUAUUCUUGCUGCCAUUGUUGCGUAUAAGAAUAUGCUCUUAUUUUAAUUUGGGGUAUCUGAAUCUAAUAUGCCCAAUAGGAGAGCUUCUCGUUUCUUUAUAAAAGUUUUUUAAAAUAUUUUUUUUCAACUCUUCACAUAUACCAAGUUCCACAUUUCAACUGUGCCAAGGACUUCCUUUUAUCUAUUCCGUAACUUCCAGCGUUCAGCUGCAUUGGACAUCUGCAAGUUCUAUCACUAUGGCUUAUGUCCCCCCCCUUCCCUCCCCCAUUGCUCCUUUCUAAAAAAGAAAGAAAAUAGAUUGUUCACAUUUUUUUCCUGUUUUUUUCUUUUCCCCUUCCUUUCUUUUUUAGAAAUGAGUGGUGGUGGUUGUGGGGAAAACACAAAUGAAAAUGAAAAUAAAAGAAAGGAGAUUUCCGCACAUUUGUAUCCAGAUGUGCAUAAUCUUUAUCCAUCACCUAAUAUAUUCUGUAUAAACUCAUUCCAAGUACUGUAAUUAUUAUUAUUAUUAUUAUUAUUAUUUAUUAUUUAUACCCCGCCCAUCUGACUGGGUUUCCCCAGCCACUCUGGGUGGCUUCCAACGAAACACUAAAAUACAGUAACCUAUUAAACAUUAAAAGCUUCCCUAAACAGAGCUGCCUUUAGAUGUCUUCUAAAAGUUUGGUAGUUAUUUUUCUCUUUGACAUCUGGUGGGAGGGCGUUCCACAGGGCGGGUGCCACUACCGAGAAGGCCCUCUAUCAUUAUACUUAUCCGAAGAGGAAAUUCCUGAGGGCCUCAAGAUGCCCCACCUAGUCAGGCCCAGCAGUGGCACCUGAGGGGCCUGGCGAAAGCACCACACCUGUGCUUUGAGGGAGAAAGGGGCUGUGUGCGAGGGAACUGGGGCUCUCGGGGGGGGGGGGCUUGCUGCCUUGCGGAUGUGCCACCCCCAACCUGCCUCUCAGUGACCUCCUUCUUCUCUGCCUGACAGAGGAGGAGUACUCGGAAGGCCAGGCCCUCAUCUUGACCUUCUCCUUGAACAACUUCCCUCCCAGUGACCCUCGAUUCGACUUCGCCAUGUUGUGGGAGAAGCAGUUCCUGGAGAUCGUGCAGGAAUUCCAGCGGGAACAUGAAGACAGCUACACGGUCGCCUACAUGGCAGAGGUGGGUGCCAAGGACCCCUGUGCCUCCCAUUUGCCAUUGGGGGCUGGGGCUACUGGCAGGGGUCACCUCAUGCCACUGCGGUCAGUGGUGCCCAACAUCUGCCGGCCAGAACAAGCCCAUUCCACUGACCAGUGGACCCCAGGUUUGAAAUGAAGCCCCAGAUGCCCGGCCAGCCCCAAAGUGACCUGCUAGACUGAUUGGAGAAGGUUAUAUUCCAUCCCUGCUCCCCUUCUGUGCUGUGUCUACUUUCUUCUUCUUCUUUUUUUGCCUUCACUGUCCAAAUCAGUCAGGUCGUUGGCGGAGGAGAGGAGAAAAACCUGCCCAGAGAGCCUGAUGUUCAUCAUUUUUAAACUUUGGGAUUUUUCAAUUUUCAGUGGUAUCUCAGGUUAAGUACUUAAUUCGUUCCGGAGGUCCGUACUUAACCUGAAACUGUUCUUAACCUGAAGCAGCACUUUAGCUAAUGGGGCCUCCUGCUGCCGCCGUGCCGCCGGCGCCCGAUUUCUGUUCUCAUCCUGAAGCAAAGUUCUUAACCUGAAGCACUAUUUCUGGGUUAGCGGAGUCUGUAACCUGAAGCGUAUGUAACCUGAGGUACCACUGUACAAUGGUACCUUGGGUUACCGACGCUACAGUUUACAGACACUUCAGGUUACAGACUCUGCUAACCCAGAAAUAGUACCUCAGGUUAAGAACUUUAACUCAGGAUCAGAACAGAAAUUGUGCGGCGGCAGCAGGAGGCCCCAUUAGCUAAAGUGGUACCCCAGGUUAAGAACGGUUUCAGGUUAAGAACAGACCUCCAGAACGAAUUCUUAACCCGAGGUACCACUGUAUGUCCCUCUCAUCCCUGUGUGCCUGGAGAGCUUCAGCUGAGCGGGCACAGAAUCAGGGGCAUCUCUCGGCUGGUGCAAGGAAUGUGGAGGGCCGGCUUGAAUUAUGCGCUUUGAGCAUCUUAUGUGCCUGUGAAGCCAAUCCUGAGCUGGCCUUUCCCAUUGGUUGUCCUUCCCCGGCUGCUUUCCCAUGCUCAAGGUGCAGUAUUCGAAACUCCCAUUGUUUUGCGACAGGGAAUUUCAUUAGCGCGAGCUCUGGGCGCAGUGCUGUGCCUGAGAUUUCAGAUUAAAACUGCAGGGUGGAAGGAAAGGACAUUUUUCUGCCUCCCCACUUCUCUGAAGACUGGAGAAGGGACCCUCUUAAGAAUAUUAUGGGGGACAGGCAGGGGAAGGACUAGACCUUGUGAAAAAUGAACAUAAUAUUUCAGCUUCAGUUUGUUCAUUUUCAGCUUUGUAUUCUUGUUAUAAAAGAAAGUGCACCUAGACAUUCCAUUGUUGCGCCCAUAACCUCAGUUUAAGGUGCCGUUCAGCUCCUAGCUUUCCUAUCUCAGUUUCUAACACUGUUAAGGUGGCUCACAUCAACGUACAAAAUAAAUAUAUAAAAGCAUUUCGAGAUAAUGCAUUAACAGUUACGGAACAGAGCACGACUGAACCAAAAAGUCAGGCGUAAUAUCAUUCGGGCAAACAUCUCAUGCAAAUAAACACUGAAACAAUAAAAUGCAAACAUCCAAAUAAAAUGCAAACAUCCAAAUUGCAGCAAAAGCAAUAUCUGCCCCCCACCUGCCAGUAAGGGAGUGGGGAAGGCAGGUGGAAAGUCCUCCCCUUGAUUGCUCCAGCAGACUCUCCCCUAUAGACUCUAAGGCCCUCUUAUCUGCCCCCCCCCCCCCAAUACCUGCAGCGUUCACUGGAGGACGAGAUCAACCGCACCACCUGGGAGGACCUCCCUGUCUUUGCUGUCAGCUACCUGGUGAUCUUUGUGUACAUUGCACUGGCCUUGGGCGAGUACUCCAGUUGGAAGCGCAUCCUGGUAUGAAGGGGCUGCCCCACGGCAAGGCGGGUGGAAGUGGCUAGACCCAAGAGGAGGAGGAGAAGCAGGGGGGCAGAGGAGCUCCAGUCCCUCCUGCAGCAUCAAGGCUUCCAGUACUUAAGGAGCAGCUGCUUUCCGAGUGCUUCCAGAGUUUGGUGCCACCACGGAGAGAGCCCUGCUCUUCUCCUGGACCCAGCACAACAUCCGGAAGAGGCUUCAUGCCUUUCUGGGUGUAGAAGCAGGUGCAAGGACUGGGCUUGCCUCUGUGCGUCCCCGCUGCUGAGGAGCAUCCUCUCGUCACCACGCCUUGCCUCAUCUUUUCAGGUGGACUCCAAGGUGACGCUGGGCUUCGGAGGAAUCCUGGUGGUCCUGGGAGCUGUGCUGUCGUCCCUGGGCUUUUACUCCUACGUAGGGCUGCCCUCCUCCCUCAUCAUCAUCGAGGUCGUCCCCUUCCUGGUGCUGGCGGUCGGUGCUGACAACAUCUUCAUCUUCGUGCUGGAGUACCAGGUGCGAGAAAUGCUGGGAGGGCUCCCAAGGCUUGGCAUGUCCAGAACAAAGGUGUUUUUGCCGCUUGAGCGGGUGGAGGAACGGAGGCUAAAGAGGCACAAGCAGGGGCAGUCAUGGCCCUGCUCUUGUAAGGCAAGCAGCGGCAAGCAGCAUGCUGCUUGGGGGUUCAGAUCUACCACUCCUCCCAACGGUCCCCAGCCUGCUGCCCAAGGCAACUGCCUCACCCAGCCUCAUGGAUAGGCUGGCCCUGUCUGGAACAGUAGCUCUCCUACUUCAGGACUGCUGGGCCUUGGGGAAGGAGAAGGGGGUCUGAGAGAGCCCAGAUUGGAGGGACACCUUUGCACACAGCUGAGGCCAGACCACCCCUGUUUGAGAACCCCAGCAGACACCUCGACUUCUCCGCCUUGCUGCUCUGUGGGUGAGGACCCCCCCGUUUCUCAGACCCCCUUCCUCUGCCUCCCACUGCAGCGGUGUGAGCCACGGCCUGGGGAGACGACGGAGCAACACAUCGGGCGGGUUUUGGGUGACGUGGCACCCAGCAUGCUCCUUUGCAGCCUCUCUGAAGUCAUCUGCUUCUUCCUGGGUGAGCAAAGCCACUCGUUCUCUGAGGAUGGAGUCGGGUACAAAACCCUGGUGGCCAAAUGCAGCCAGGUUUGGGCAGAGAAGGAUGGCAGGGCUCUCGGGGCUCACCUAGACUUCUGCUCAUCCUGCCACUUCUCUCCGGAAAAAGCCCGUCUUUGCUUUUCAAUCUCAGAGCAAACGUCAAUCUGCAGCUUUUCUGCAGAUGGAUGUUUGCACUGAUUCAGUGCUAAAGAGCAGGUUUUCCUGGGGAAAGGGCGGGGCUGAUAGAAAACUGCAUAGAAUGCGGAAAUGUGACGAUCCCUCAGUUAAAGGUAAAGGGACUCCUGACCAUUAGGUCCAGUCGUGACCGACUCUGGGGUUGCGGCGCUCAUCUCGCUUUAUUGGCCGAGGGAGCCGGCGUACAGCUUCCGGGUCAUGUGGCCAGCAUGACUAAGCCAUUUCUGGCGAACCAGAGCAGCGCACGGAAAUGCCGUUUACCUUCCUGCCAGAGCGGUACCUAUUUAUCUACUUGCACUUUGAAGUGCUUUUGAACUGCUAGGUUGGCAGGAGCAGAGACCGAGCAACGGGAGCUCACCCCGUCGCAGAGAUUCAAACCGCCGACCUUCUGAUCAGCAAGUCCUAGGCCACGGGUGUCAAACACAAGGCCCGCGGGCCGAAUCCGGCCCGCCAGACCUCGUCAUGUGGCCCGUGUAGCCGCCGCCGGCCGCCAGCCUUCACCUUUUAUUCUCGCUUUUUUUUUUUUUGACACAAGAAAGCCGCCUCUUCAGCGCAUGCGCGGCAGCCUACAAGCCAGAGAACGUCUGCCCUCUAGCGGCGCCGGCCGUUCUACACAGGAAACCUCCACUUUACAUGCAUUCAGGAAACCUCCUACAGAUACAACCGGCCCUUUGAGGGUGACCAAACUGCUGAUGCGGCCCCCGAUGAAUUUGAGUUUGACACCCCUGUCCUAGGCUUUGUGGUUUAACCCACAGCGCCACCCGUGUCCCUGAUCCCUCAGUUAGGCUUCGGGAAAUGCCUGAUGAAUAUGAUUUUGCAAAGCUUUGAGCCUGGGAGUCUCUAGAAUGCAGAGCUGCUUUGGGGCCCUUUGACUGGGCCAGAGGCUUUCUUGCAGGGAUGCCCUCAUCCCAGCCUUGUGACAAGGCCUACCUGCCUGGGGGUGAGCGAGCGCUGGAGCAGGCGAAGCUGCAAGGGGAUUGGGGUCCUGAAAAGCCAGGAGAACCCCGAUGUAGGCUCAGCCCUGAGAGAUGAAAAGAAGAAAACAAGGGAAUGGCAGUAGCCCAAAGCUAAAAGCUGAUGCUGACUCACCCUGUGGCCAGAGAGCCCAGGAGGUCCACCCUGUAUCUUUUUUUCAUGGACAUCUAAUGGAGCUGAAUGUUGGAAGAUUCAGCACAGGUAAAAGCUAGGACUUUCAUGCAGCGCAUAGACAAACAGUGGGUCUCCCUCUCAAAGAUGGCAGUGAUGGCUCCCAACCUGGAUGGAGGUAAAAGAGGCUGGAGGAGGAGAGGGCUGUUGAUGGCAACUGGCCAGGAUGGCUCUGUUUUGCUGCCACAGUCAGAGGCAGCAGUGCUUCUGAUUCCCAGUUACUGGAAGCCACAGUUGGGGACAGGGCCCUUGUGCUUGGAUCCUGCUUAUGGGUUUCCCAAUAGGGCAGCUCGUUGGCCACUGUGAGGACAGGGUGGACCACUGCCUUUGGCCUGAUCCAGCAGCCAGGAUCUGCUGCUGGACCUUACGCCUCCCUUCCUGCUUCUAGGUGGCCUGUCGGAGAUGCCGGCUGUCCGGACCUUUGCCUUGAACGCUGCCCUGGCCGUCCUCUUUGACUUCUUGCUCCAGGUGUCCAUGUUUGUGGCCUUGCUGUCUCUGGAUGCCCGCAGGCAGAAGGUGGGUGGGGCCUUUCUUUUAAAGUGCAUUUUUGAGGCGGGAGGGUUUCCUUACUGACUGGGGUUGCAGGCUUCCACAACCACCCCUCCUCCUCCUCCCCAGCCCCACACUCCAAUGGGGUCCUCAGCUGGCGCCCCUUUUGCCCACAGGCCUCUCGCUUUGACCUGUGUUGCUGCGUCCAACUGGAGGAGAAGAGCCCAGAGGAGAAGAGCCCAAGAAGCCUCCUUCGCACCUUCAUAGAACGCUUCUAUGCUCCCUUCUUGCUCAACAGCUUCGUCCGGUUCAUGGUGGUGAGUGCUGCUGGCUAGGUGGCAGAGGGUGGGGUGUGUGUGUGUGUGUGUGUGUGUGUGUGUCUGUGAAUACAAGGCGGAGAGCAGGCAAGGUGGCAAGAAGGAGGCAGGAGAGAACACAGGGUACGGGGAGAAGAAUCCUUCUUUCUGAGCCUUCUUAACCGACUCCCCCUCGGUGGCUGUUAGUCUUGGAAGCCAUAUCUAAUAUAAUAAUAAUUUAUUAUUUAUACCCCACCCGUCUGACUGGGUCUCCCCAGCCACUCUGGGCAGCUUCUAACCAAAUGUCAGAAACAAUAUAGUGUCAGACAUUAAAAACUUCCCUAAACAGGUGUCUUUUAAAAGUAAAAUAGUUGUUUAUUGCCUUGACAUCUGCUGGGAGGGCGUUCCACAGGGCAGGCGCCACUACCGAGAAGGCCCUCUGCCUGGUUCCCUGUAACCUCACUUCUUGCAGGGAGGGAACCGCCAGAAGGCCCUCAGUGCUGGACCUCAGUGUCUGGGCUGAACGAUGGGGGUGGAGACGCUCCUUCACGUAUACUGGGCCGAGGCCGUUUAGGGCUUUAAAGGUCAGCACCAACACUUUGAAUUGUGCUCUGAAACGUAUUGGAAGCCAAUGUAGGUCUUUCAAGACCAGUGUUAUGUGGUCUUGGCACUCCCAGUCACCAGUCUAGCUGCCGCUUUCUGGAUUAAUUGCAGUUUCCGAGUCCAGGAUCAAAGGCGAGGUGUCAGGUGGGAGAGGGUGUGACUUGAAGGUCCAGGAGGGCCACCACUAAGCAGGCCUUGGUCAGGAUGAGACACCACCUGGUGAGCCCACAGACCCACCCAUGACGGGUGGAGAGAAUGGAGGUGGGAAUCCAUCUAACACAUAAAAUAAUGGCCUUCAGGUGAGACUUGUGUGCUUCCUGGGAGCCUCUAGUUGGUCCCUGGUUGCGGACAAAGGAGGACCGGGAUGCUGAACUAGAUGCUUUGGCCUGAUCCUGCUGCUUCACCUGCAGAGAACCCUCUUGCGUUCUUACCUUCAGAUGCUGAUCUUCAUUUUCAUGUUCUGCGCUGGAAUCUUCCUGAUGUUGCAUGUCGAAGUGGGGCUGAAUCAGGAGCUGGCCAUGCCCACGGUAAGAGCUGGCUGACGUGCUGGUCUUCUGGGCCAGCAGCGAUGAUGAUGGUUCCCCAAGGGGCUUCUCCACAAGGAAGUUCCUUCAGGGAACUUGAGGACUUGGCUGCGUCUGAGUGCUCUGCACCUUAAAGAAGGAAGCUGCUUAAUUCCACCUGGCUUCCUCCAGUAGCUUUGUUAACUAAAUUAUUUGCAGUAUUUAUAGCUCACUCUUCAUAGAAUGCUUUCAGUCCCAGAGCAGGGGAAACAGAAAAACAUGAAUACAAAAAAAUGACAAUAUAAACAGGUCCAAUGAACAACAGUUCUAUCGUACGGCAAGCAAGCAAAAUGACAGCAGCAUUAAAAAUAGUAUUUCCCGUUUAAUGAAGUAUGGGUCAGCAGGGCUGCUAGUUAGUGAUGUGCUGGUAGAUUUGCUGACCUCCCCCAUCUCUUUCCUACAUACCAGCCUUCCCAGGUAGCAUCCAGGGUCUUUGAGCCCCCCUCCCUCUACCCCUUUUCAAGAUCUCCAGUGGCUGAGCCUAUGGGGACAGUUUUUUAAAUGUCCACCUCCGGUCCUCCAUUCUCUGUUUAAUUUCCAGUAGCGAAGGGCCAAGAGCCUUCAUUGAGGGAUGAAAGAGGCUGGGAGGGUGAUGUUAAGGGCUGGCCUGGGCACAGGGAGGGCAGAGCAGCUCAGAGUCUGCUGGGGCUCUGCUCUCGGGCUGCUCCUUCAAGGCAAAGGUAGCAAGGAGAGGGAUUUUAUCACAUGUCCUAGGUGGUUCUUAUGUUCUUACGCUCUGCUCUCCCCAGGACUCCUACAUGCUUCAGUACUUCCAGUACCUGAAUAAGUACUUCAUGGUGGGGGCCCCAACUUACUUUGUCACCACGCCGGGCUACAACUUCUCCACGGUGGCAGGGAUGAACGGUGUCUGCUCCAGCUCAGGCUGCGAUGACAACUCCUUGACGCAGAAGAUCCAGUCCGCUGUGCAGUUCCCGAAUGUGUAAGUCGCUUGGAGGAGCCGUUCUGCUCCUGUAAAAAGGGGGUGGGUGGGUGCACAAAAGCGCCCACCCCCAGUUUUGCCCUCAAAUACGCCAGAAUAUUAUUGCAUGCUCUUUCCUCCACAAACCUGCCAGGAAACGUAAGAAAAAAUAGAGAGAGGGAGGGUUCCUGGGGGGUUCAUCCUACAGGGGCAGAGAGAAAGAUGCUUUGACCGGGGAGGGCAUGGUGGUAAAAGAGCAGUUGCAGAAGCUCUUUUGCCCAGACCCUUCCUGGGGGAGAAGGAGCCGCAGACCCCCAGGCAGAUGCUAGAAAGCAGCCUGGAGUUUGCUUCAUACCAGGGAACCAGGCACAGGGCCUUCUCAGUAGUGGCGCCCGCCCUGUGUAACGCCCUCCCAUCAGAUGUCAAAGAGAUAAACAACUACCUGACAUUUAGAAAACAUCUGCCCUGUUCAGGGAAGUUUUUAAUGUGUGACAUUUUGAUGUAUUUUUAAUCUUUGUCAGAAGCCAUCCAGAGCUGCUGGGCAGACCCAGCCAGAUGGGCGGGGUACAAAUAAAUUAUUAUUAUUAUUAUUAUUAUUAUUAUUAUUAUUAUUAUCAAGACCUCAGAGGAGAACAGACCAAGUCAUGGAGGAGAUGGCUAUUGAUGGCGACUAGCCACAACAUCUAUGUUCUGCCUCCACAAUCAGAGGCGGGGUACAAAUAGUUAAUUAUUAUUAUUAUUAUUAUUAUUCUUAUUAUUAUUAUCCAUACAGGAAAGGUAGUGUCAUCUGGCCCUCCAGCCUCUAGAAGAGGCACAGGAGAUUCUUAGUGGUCUGUGGGGCUCCAGAGGGCAAUAAGCUCAAAAUCAAAGCAGCCCCCAACCAGCUGAGGACCAGACAAGCAUUGAGCAGCUUCUCCUGAUAUUUUGAGGUUCAGCAUCGGGCCCAGGAUCAGGUGCCUGGCACCCCAGGCCCUUCUCAGGCAGGAUGAGCCCAGCUUCCUGCAUCCGAUCACUGCAAGAUCAGCUCCAUCCCUCCUCGUUCCACCUCACCAGUGGCACCUCAGGCUGGGCUUGGCAAGCCAGUCCAUGAGCGCCACUGCAGCUUUUCAUUUUGCCCCUUCCUCCAAGGGCAGCCCCCACCCCGCAGACCACAGGUGGUGCUCCUGGAGGGGCCUAAGUCCUGGAAGACGGCCGAGGCAGCCCGGGAGGAGCAAGUGCCCUGUGCCUGCUUCCUGCUCUCUUGCCAGUCUCUUGGACUGUCUGGCCAGAGUGGUGCAUGCUCUGGUUAUCUCCUGCUUGGACUACUGCAAUGCGCUCUACAUGGGGCUACCUUUUAAGGUGACCCGGAAACUACAACUAAUCCAGAAUGCGGCAGCUAGACUAGUGACUGGGGGCGGCCGCCGAGACCACAUAACACCCGUCUUGAAAGACCUACAUUGGCUCCCAGUACGUUCCUGAGCACAAUUCAAAGUGUUGGUGUUGAGCUUUAAAGCCCUAAACGACCUCGGCCCAGUAUACCUGAAGGAGCGUCUCCACCCCCAUCGUUCUGCCCGGACGCUGAGGUCCAGCGCCGAGGGCCUUCUGGCGGUUCCCUCAUUGCGAGAAGCAAAGCUACAGGGAACCAGGCAGAGGGCCUUUUCGGUAGUGGCGCCCGCCCUGUGGAACGCCGUCCCACCAGAUGUCAAAGAGAUAAACAACUACCUGACAUCUUAAGGCAGCCCUUUUCAGGGAAGUUUUUAAUGUGUGACAUUUUCGUGUAUUUUUGGUCUCUGUGGAAGCCGCACAGAGUGGCUUGGGAAACCCAGCCAGAUGGGCGGGGUACAAAUAAUAAAUUAUUAUUAUUAUUAUUGCCCUUCGAGCCUUGCGCUCUCUCUUUGGCCGUGGGCCUUGGCCCCCCUCCAUGCCGCUGUCUCUCCCCCCAGGUCCUUCCUGGCCAUCCCUGCCUCUUCCUGGGUGGACGACUUCAUCGACUGGCUGAGCCCCUUUUCCAGCUGCUGCCGCAUCCACAGCUUUGGCCCAGAUAAGGACCAGUUCUGCCCCUCCACCGACAGUAAGCAGAGAAACCCGCCAGAGAUUCUUCAGCUGCGAUUCUUGCGUUGCAGGGGGUGGGGCUGGAUGGCCCUUGGGGAGCCCUUUCAACUCUACAGCUCUAUCAUUCUAUGAAAGUAUAGAGGGUGGUAGGACAUCCCCUGGGGGUUUCCCUGCCCCAGGUUGCAGCUGGAGGGGACCAGAAAUGCCUGCCUGGACCUGGGGCUCUGCCUCUCCUCUGCCUCUCUCUCCCCCAGCUUCCCUGUCCUGCCUGUUGAACAAGUGCAUGGCUCCGACGAGCGGGACCCUCCGGCCAAGUGUCGAGGAGUUCCACCGGUUCCUGCCCUGGUUCCUCCAUGACAUGCCCAACCUGAAAUGCCCCAAGGCGUGAGUACUGCAAGCACCAGGGGGUGUGUGUAUGUGUGCGGGUCAGGAUUCGGGUCUGGGCGAUUGUUCCUACAGCAGGGAAUGAUUGCGCCAGAGUGGUGCAUGCUCUAGUUAUCUCACGCUUGGACUACUGCAAUGCGCUCUACGUGGGGCUACCUUUGAAGGUGACUCGGAAACUACAACUAAUCCAGAAUGCGGCAGCUAGACUGGUGACUGGGGGCGGCCGCCGAGACCACAUAACACCAGUCUUGAAAGACCUACAUUGCCUCCCAGUACGUUUCCGAGCACAAUUCAAAGUGCUGGUGUUGACCUUUAAAGCCCUAAACGGCCUCGGCCCAGUAUACCUGAAGGAGCGUCUCCACCCCCAUCGUUCUGCCCGGACGCUGAGGUCCAGCGCCGAGGGCCUUCUGGCGGUUCCCUCAUUGCGAGAAGCAAAGCUACAGGGAACCAGGCAGAGGGCCUUCUCGGUAGUGGCGCCCGCCCUGUGGAACGCCCUCCCAUCAGAUGUCAAAGCGAUAAAUAACUACCUGACAUUUAGAAGACAUCUUAGGGCAGCCCUGUUCAGGCAAGUUUUUAAUCUGUGAUAUUUUACUGUAUUUUUGGUUUCUAUGGAAGCCGCCCAGAGUGGCUGGGGAAACCCAGCCAGAUGGGCGGGGUACAAAUAAUAAAUUAUUAUUAUUAUUAUUAUUAUUAUUAUUAUUAUUAUUAUUAUUCCCCCCCUCCCCAGAGAGGGUCUCCUUGCCUGGUUGUGUGUUGUAGAGGCACCCCUACUGGAAGGGGGGGGCAGCUGCUGCUCCGAGGCUGAGGAGCGGCCGGAUUGAGCCAGUGGAGCCCACGAGGCCAGGACAGGCUAGGCAGGCUGUGGGUGGAUUUUGCGGGAAAUGGCCCACAAGGAGGUUGGAGAUUGUUAUGGAGCGCAUGGUUUUUUCCUGGGGGCAGCUUGACCUCUGUGGGGGUAAAAGGUAAAGGGACCCCUGACCAUUAGGUCCAGUCGUGACCGACUCUGGAGUUGCGGCGCUCAUCUCGCUUUACUGGCCGAGGGAGCCGGCGUACAGCUUCCGGGUCAUGUGGCCAGCAUGACUAAGCCGCUUCUGGCGAACCAGAACAGCGCACGGAAACGCCGUUUACCUUCCCGCCAGAGCGGUACCUAUUUAUCUACUUGCACUUUGACGUGCUUUUGAACUGCUAGGUUGGUAGGAGCAGGGACCAAGCAAUGGGAGCUCACCCCGUCGCGGGGAUUCAAACCGCCGACCUUCUGAUCAGCAAGUCCUAGGCUCUGUGGUUUAACCCACAGCGCCACCCGUGUUUCUGUGGGGAGAGAGCUCCAAAUCCAGGCCCUGAGGGAGGGACAUCUGAGGAAGAUCUUGAUGUGUGAGACAUCCAUGGGGCUGGCUGUUUCCAAGCCGUUUGGGGAGCUGUUGGCGACAAACAGUUUGGCCGCCUGCUAGCCAGCUGGGAUGCCCUAAGCCUUUCCUAUCCUGGGCUUUGAGCCAGUGUGGUGUAGUGGUUUGAGUGCUGGAUUUAAGACCCGAGAGAGACCAGGGUUCGAAUCUCCCCACUCUACCAUGAGGCUCGCUGGGUAACCUUGGACCAGUCAGUGUGUCUCUUAGCCUAGCCUGCCUUACGGGAAAGCUGUUGUGGUGGUGAGGUUCAAAUGCCAGGAAGGGGGCGAGGAGUAUGUAUACCACCUUGAGCUCCUUGGGGGAAAGGAGGCGGGAUAAUAAUCGCAAUAAAUAAAUCAAUAAAAUAAAAUAAAAAGGGCUCUGGGGCCAUUUCCAGUUUGCACCUGCUGCAUUGGGUCUGCCAUGGGGAGUGCUUCUGUCUGACACUCAACGUGCCCCCCCAUCUUUUUCUCCAGGGGUCGUGGUGCCUAUGACACGUCUGUGCGGCUGGGACCAGAUGGGGAAGUCAUAGGUGAGUGUCUCCCCCUUCCCAUCCCCCAGAGGAAAAAGAAGCCCCAGGUGCGAAUUCUGCUGCCCUGCCAGGAGGGCACCGACUCUCUUGCUGCGGCAACCAGGGUGGGUGGAGGGAUAUGCAGAUGGGGAGGUGGGCUUCUGGCUUCAUAUACUUGCACUCCCACUUCGGAGGUGGGAGGCUGCAGGAGGAGGGAGGCGGUUAAUGCCCCUCCGAAGGGGUGCAGCCCCUCUGGGUGGCCGGGCCGCUGCAGCGCCUGUCUCCUCUCUCCACAGCAUCCCGCUUCAUGGCAUACCACAUGCCCCUCAAAAACUCGCAGGAGUACACAGCAGCCUUGAAGGCGGCCCGGGAACUGGCAGCCAACAUCACCGCUGCCAUGCGGCAGGUGCCAGGAACGGACCCCGACUUCACGGUCUUCCCAUACACGUAAGAUGUCGGGAGCGGCUGGGGAGGGACCGGAAAGGGCAUCUUGUCCUUUUUUGGGGGGAAACUGUCCCUAGUUUCCCUUCUCUUCACCCCUGGGGUCAGCGAGGCUCUGGGGAGAGCGUCAAAGUGGGUCUCUGUGCCUCGCUGGUGUUCCCACCGCCGUUGUGGUUUUUCUGCAGGAUCACCUAUGUCUUUUACGAGCAGUUCCUGAGCAUCGCUCUUGCGGGAGUCAUCAACCUGGCGGUCUGCUUGCUCCCCACCUUCCUGGUCUGCUGUGUCCUGCUGGGCAUGGACCUGCGCUCAGGACUCAUCAACCUGUUCACCAUCAUCAUGAUAUUGGUGGACACCCAGGGAGCCAUGACCCUGUGGGACAUUUCCUUCAAUGCCAUCUCCCUCAUUAACCUGGUGACGGUAAGCCAGCCCAUGUAAUGCAACAAAACCAAAACACCAAACCGGCUUGCAAAUAUAAAGGACAAUUCUACUUAGUUUUUAGAGGAGGGAAACAAGAAAAAAAAUAUUCUGAACGCGACACAGCAGCUUGAAGGGUAAUGGUGGGAAAACCUGCUGCUGCUUCUCUUCCCCCUCUCCAUUUCCUGAUUACAAUGAUUUCCUUUACCAAUUAAUCUAUGAACAUUGUAACCACUGGACAAAACACACCUGAUGCCCAGGUUGUUGUUCUUUAGUCGUUUAGUCGUGUCCGACUCUUCGUGACUCCCUGGACCAGAGCACGCCAGGCACUCCUGUCUUCCACUGCCUCCCGCAGUUCGGUCAAACUCAUGUUGGUAGCUUCAAGAACACUGUCCCAUCAUCUCGUCCUCUGUCGUCCCCUUCUCCUUGUGCCCUCCAUCUUUCCCAGCAUCAGGGUCUUUUCCAGGGAGUCUUCUCUUCUCAUGAGGUGGCCAAAGUAUUGGAGCCUCAGCUUCAGGAUCUGUCCUUCCAGUGAGCACUCAGGGCUGAUUUCCUUCAGAAUGGAGAGGUUUGAUCUUCUUGUAGUCCAUGGGACUCUCAAGAGUCUCCUCCAGCACCAGAAUUCAAAAGCAUCAAUCCUUCGGCGAACAGCCUUCUUUAUGGUCCAGCUCUCGCUUCCAUACCAGGUGCCCAGGUUAGGUUGGACCAUAUGUCUCCUUCAAUCGCAACAGAAGCAAGGUGCAUUUCCCUCCCCCCAAUUUUUUUUAAUUAGUUUUCCAAAUUUAUGACACAUAAAUCCACAAACAUGAAAAGAAAACAUUAAAAAAACAAACAAACAAACAUUUAUCCUAACUGUCAUAAUACCACUUUUGUUAACAUUGUUGGGUGAUUUCCUCGAAUCCCCUUGGCUGAGUUUCCAUAUAAAUCAUUGUAGCAGUUUUCCAAAACUAUUUUUACAUAGAAUUUACUUGGUUGAUUAACAUCUUUCUUUCUUUUCAUUUUAACAACAUAGUAUUCUACAACAUCACAUAUUUAAAUCCUAGGCCUAUCUGAUACAGUGGUACCUCAGGUUACAUACGCUUCAGGUUAUAGACUCCGCUAACCCAGAAAUAGUACCUCGGGUUAAGAACUUUGCUUCAGGAUGAGAACAGAAAUUGUGCUCCAGUGGCGCAGCGGCAGCGGGAGGCCCCAUUAGCUAAAGUGGUGCUUCAGGUUAAGAACAGUUUCAGGUUAACGGACCUCCAGAACGAAUUAAGUACUUAACCUGAGGUACCACUGUACUUGCAAGUAAUUCUAUUUAAGUUAUCUCAACAUAUUUAGCUAAAUAGAAUUUGAAUUUCUUCCAUUCCUCUUGGUACUCCUCCUCCUUCUGGUCGCGGACUCUUCCAGUCAGGUCGGCUAGCUCCCAAAAGUCCAUCAUCUUCAUCUGCCAUUCCUCCACUCUUGGUACUUCUUGUAAUUUCCAAUUUUUGACCAAAAAAAAUAUAGUUGCAGUUGUGGCAUACAAAAACAAUCUUUCUUGGGCAAUUCCAAACCUGUUAUUCCAAGCAGAAAGGCUUCUCGUUUCUUAAUAAAUGUGUAUUUCUGAGGAGAUUUCACCCCUCCCAUAUCCAAGAAUCUCCUGAGGAGUCUGCUGAUUCUCCAGAGAGGAGGAGGCGUGUUCUGCUCUCUACUUAUUCUGCUCCAGCACCAAAUCAGUAAGUCAGUCAGCGUCGGGGGGCGGGGGGAGAGAGAGAGAGACUGAGUGUUAGAGAUCGUGUGUAGAGAUAAGGUUGCUGCUAAGAGCAGCUGCAGACACUCAGUGCAGUGUAGCAUUCAUUUAUGCUUAGACCUAUUUAGCUCUGUAUAUAGUUGGAUAAUAGUUUAGAUAGAAUAAAGAAGAUAUUCUACAGAGCUGCUCUCCGAGUUUUUUAUAUAUUCUGCUAGAGUCUGUUGUACUCUGCUGUGCGACGACUGUCUUCUUGUGGAAGUGAAUCCGGUGCUCACAUCUCUAAGCUGUGAGUCCACAGCACUUUAACCUGUUCCUGUGCAGAAGGUGGUCUCUGGAAGUGCUACCCAGCUCGCCUAGCCCAGUCCGGGCUGAAGUGGAUGAGUCCAGUUGGUGGCACUGGCUCAAGGGCGAUGCUGACAAUUUCAACAUUUUUUCAAUUCAUUAUAAAUCUUUUCCCAGAAGUCUUUCACCUUGGGACAGGUGCACCACAUAUUUGCAAGGUGCUAUUUUUGUGCCCGUUGCUGAUCAGGUCGAAAUUGCCACACAUGGUACAAAAAAACAACUGGGGCUUUUUGGCCCAGGAAAUGCACCAGGUGGGCUUUGCAAUAAUAAUAAUAAUAAUAAUAAUAAAAUGAUUUAAUAAUAAUAAUCCUUCUGACAAAGGCUCUGUUCCUCCCGGCAGGCUGUGGGCAUUUCGGUGGAGUUUGUCUCCCACAUCACCCGCUCCUUCGCUAUCAGCACACAGCCCACCAAAGUGGAGAGAGCCAGAGAGGCCACAGUCAACAUGGGGAGUGCGGUGAGUCGUGGGGAGAGGGGCACAUGUGGGAGGUCUGUGGCUUCAUUUAGGAUGCUGCUUGGGUGCAUUGGGGCAGGGAAGAGAGACCAGGCUUUGGUCUUUCAAAUGUCCACGGUGACAUACCCCCCUCUUGCCUCUCCUCUUCCAUUCUGCUCAAUUCAUUGCAUCAGAAUUGUGGUGUCCUGCGGUGCCCCCUAGGCUUGGUGCCCAGUGUGGUGUAACUGGUCACAGUGCCCUAAAUCUGCCUCUGGAGAGGCCCUGCCCUCAUGGGGCCUUUGGAGCUGGUUCGUAGAAUCAGUGAAUUGUAGAGUGUGAUUUGAAUCCCAGCGACGGGGUGAGCUCCCGUUGCUGGGUCCCUGCUCCUGCCAACCUAGCAGUUCGAAAGCACAUCAAAGUGCAAGUAGAUAAAUAGGUACUGCUCUGACGGGAAGGCAAACGGCGUUUCUGUGUGCUGCUCUGGUUCGCCAGAAGCGGCUGAGUCAUGCUGGCCACAUGAUCCGGAAGCUGUACGCCAGCUCCCUCGGCCAGUAAAGCGAGAUGAGCACCGCAACCCCAGAGUCGUCCGCGACUGGACCUAAUGGUCAGGGGUCCCUUUACCUUUACCUAAGGGACCCCAAGUGUCAUCUCCCUGUAAUGCAGGUAAGGUAAAGGUAAAGGUAAAGGUAAAGGGACCCCUGACGAUUUGUUUUUGUUUUUUUGUUUUUUUUUUAAAAAUGAUAUUUAUUAAAGUUUCAAAGAAAAAAUUACAUAGAUUAAAAGAAAAGAAAAAGAAAAAGAAAUAAAAAAGAAAAAAUACAAAAUACAAAAAAGAUAAAAAAACACUUUAAAAAAACACAUCGAUCUUUCCAUAACUUACAUUUCAUUACCUUACUUCCCUGACUUCCUCACACCUCCCUUUUUUGUAUUCCCGUUCUAUUAGUUAAUUCAGCAAUUCCUUUCCCUCUUUGUUUUGUCUUAAUCCUUUAACUUAAUAUAUUAUAACUUUGAAUUCUCAUCUGUUAACAAUCCAUUUUUACAUACACCUUUAUAACAUUGCUGCUAAGACCACUUAAUUUCAUUCUGACCACUUAAUUUCAUUUGGUCCAGUCAUGCCAUUUACCUUCCCGCCGGAGCGGUACCUAUUUAUCUACUUGCACUUUGAUGUGCUUUCGAACUGCUAGGUUGGCAGGAGCAAGGACCAAGCAACGGGAGCUCACCCCGUCGUGGGGAUUCAAACCGCUGACCUUUUGAUUUGCAAGCCGUAGGCUCAGUGGUUUAGACCACAGCGCCACCUGCGUUGCAGGUAUCACAGCUAAAAAAUCUGAUGGAUGGCUGUCCAAACCUCUGCUCCCCCUCUCCAGAAUCAGUUGUGCUCUUCUCACCCCCCUGCCCCCCCAAUAAACACAUUGCUUUUGGUCAUCCGGAACCAGCUCCAAAUUGGCACGAGAGCUCCUCAGCCUCUCCCUCCACUUUCCAACUUCCUCUCUUGGGAGCUGUUUAUGCCCAGCUGGGCGUUGGGCUGUGUUGGUGAGGCUGCCAAGCCCAUAGCACUCCUCACCUGGCUGCAGAGGCAGUCCCCGCUGUAUGAGUCAGCUCUGCCCCUUCUCCUCCAUUUGGAGAUUUCUGGGUAUAACCAGCCUGUGAUGUCUGCUUGCUCUCCCUCCAGGUGUUUGCUGGCGUGGCCAUGACCAACCUCCCGGGCAUCGUGGUCCUGGCCUUUGCCAAAGCCCAGCUGAUCCAGAUCUUCUUCUUCCGCCUCAACCUCAUCAUCACGCUGCUGGGGAUGCUCCACGGACUCGUCUUCCUGCCUGUGGCCCUCAGUUAUUUCGGUGAGCCAGUUUGCCUUCCCAAGCCAGACCCCUACAAAGAGUGGCAAUUGCUGAGGCAGCCUGUAAAACAGAUCCCUGACCAUUAGGUCCAGUCGUGGCCGACUCUGGGGUUGUGGCGCUCAUCUCACUUUAUUGGCCGAGGGAGCUGGCGUACAGCUUCUGGGUCAUGUGGCCAGCAUGACUCAGCUGCUUCUGGCAAACCAGAGCAGCGCACAUAGGUACCGCUGGAGUGGUACCUAUUUAUCUACUUGCACUUUGACGCGCUUUCGAACUGCUAGGUUGGCAGGAGCAGGGACCGAGCAACGGGAGCUCACCCCGUCGCAGGGAUUCGAAGCGCCGACCUUCUGAUCGGCAAGUCCUAGGCUCUGUGGUUUAACCCACAGCGCCACCCGUGUCCCGAGACAGCCUGUAAUGAGGGGCAAAGAGGACAGGGACACAGGGGGAUGGAGGCACAGUUCAAGCUGCCUGCGACAGGGGAGGGAAGUGGUUGCCCACCAUUGCUCGUGGGGUGGGAGAGAACUGCUCUUUGCUUAAUGACUCUAAGGAAGUGCUCUGCAGAGGUAGUUUGCUUGCUGCAGGGGGUUCCUCUCUCCACGAGACCUCACUCUGGGUUCUCCUCCUGUCGAACGGGCCCAUCUCUUCCUCUCUUCUCCAGCGUUUCGGAAAGAUGCAAAUCCAUCGGAGCUUUCAUUCAUUCGCUUUUUUUUCCAUGUCACUUUCUCACACCCACACGAAAAGAUGCUCAGAGUGGCUUGCAGCAAAGAAAACAAUGCAUUUCAAAACCAAACUGUGCAAAAAGAAUUUCCUAAUAGCACAUCAAAACACAUGUAAGCUGUUUAAUCCAGUUUAAUCUUCAGUGCCGGCUUUAACUUGCUUAUUUAGAAUACACCCCACUUUUGAAGAGUUGGCAGCACUGCGCUGUACCAAGUGCCCACUCGCUCAGCACAGUGCCUGUCUGUCUGUACGUUUCCGAGCACAAUUCAAAGUGUUGGUGCUGACCUUUAAAGCCCUAAACGGCCUCGGCCCAGUAUACCUGAAGGAGCGUCUCCACCCCCAUUGUUCAGCCUGGACGCUGAGGUCCAGCGCCAAGGGCCUUCUGGUGGUUUCCUCCCUGCGAGAAGCAAAGCUACAGGGAACCAGGCAGAGGGCCUUCUCGGUAGUGGCGCCCGCCCUGUGGAACGCCCUCCCACCAGAUGUCAAAGAGAUAAACAACUACCUGACAUUUAGAAGACAUCUAAAGGCAGCCCUGUUCAGGGAAGUUUUUACUGUGUGACAUUUUAAUGUAUUUGUAAUCUUUGUUGGAAGCCACCCAGGGUGGCUGGGGAAACCCAGCCAGAUGGGCGGGGUACAAAUUAUUAUUAUUAUUAUUAUUAUUAUUAUUAUUAUUAUUAUUAAGCCCCCCCCCACGCCGUGCAGGACAGAGUUAAACUAUGGAACUUGCUCCUACAGGAGGCAGCAAUGGUUGUCCAACUUGAUGAUGGCCUCCCACUUAGAUCGCUUUAAAAGACAAGUUCACAGAGGAGAGGGCUAUCGAUGGCUCCUAGCCACGAUGGCUCUGCUCUGUCUCCGCGGUUGAAGGCAGCAAUGCUUCUGAAUCCCAGUUGCUGGAAACCACAAGAGGGAAGAGGUCUCUUGUGCUCAAAUCCUACUUGCUGGUCUCCCAAAAGAGGCAUCUGGGGCAGUCACAUAAGAGGCUAGAUGGGCCAUGAUCCAGCUGACUCUUCUUAUAUUCUUAUGAGCUCCCUCCUUCCCGGCAAUCAGACUACAGCUAUGAACAAAUCGUGGCGGUCAGCGCUUCUCUUCUGUGCAUGCUCCUUGACCGAGACAGCAACUGUCCUCCAGAAUGGCUGCUAUUAAGUACAGUGGUACCUCGGGUUACAUACGCUUGAGGUUACAGACUCCGCUAACCCAGAAAUAGUACCUCGGGUUAAGAACUUUGCUUCAGGACGAGAACAGAAAUCGUGCUCCAGCAGCACGGCGGCAGCAGGAGGCCCCAUUAGCUAAAGUGGUGCUUCAGGUUAAGAACAGUUUCAGGUUAAGAAUGGACCUCCGGAACGAAUUAAGUACUUAACCCGAGGUACCACUGUAGUGGGUUGACAAAGCAGACGACACAGAGAUUUCUCCAAGUGGUUCUUUAUAGUAAGCUGGAACUGAAUUGAACUGAACAGCUCAGCCGGCCUGCUUUUAUAGGCAGCCGGCUGUCAACAUUAUAACAACAACAUCCCGGGGUUUCCCGCUUAAAUUAACUGAUGUGGACCUGAGUGAAAACUAUACAGUCUUUUUUUUUUUUUUAAAUGAUAUUUAUUAAAGGUUCAAAGAAUACAAAAAUUACACAAAGACAAAAAAUAAAAAUACAAGAAAAUACAAAAUACAGAAAAAAGAAUAAAGUUUUUAAGAUAUAACAAAAAAAUGAAAAAUAAAAAGAAACAUACAAAAUAAAAACAGUUAAAAACACAGUUAAUUUUCCAAAGCAUAUCUUCCUUACACUUAUUUCCCCGGACCUCCUCGUACCUCCCUUUUUUGUAUUCCAGUUCAGUUUGUUAGUUCAGCAAAUCCUUACCAUUAAGCUUUUACCCAUUUGUAAACCUUUUUUCCCCCGUAUCUCUUAAAGCAUUACAGCUGGAAACCACUUAGUUUCUAUCCAACAUCCUUCUAAGAUUCCUUAAUUUUACAAUCUUUCUGUAAAUAGUCUUUAAAUUUCUUCCAGUCUUCUUUCACCGACUCUUCUCCCUGGUCUCGGAUUCUGCCAGUCAUUUCUGCCAAUUCCAUGUAGUCAAUCACCUUCAUCUGCCAUUCUUCCAGAGUGGGUAGAUCUUGUGUCUUCCUGAAAACUAUACAGUCAUAUCUCGGGUUGAAGUAGCUUCAGGAUGAGUAUUUUUGGGUUGUGCUCCGCAGCGACCCGGAAGUAACGGAGCGCGUUACUUCCAGGUUUCGCUGCUUGCGCAUGCGCAGACGCUCAAAAUGACGUCACGCGCAUGCGCGGUAGCGGCAAAAUGGGACCCGCGCGGACGCAGGUUGCGUUCGCUUCAGGAUGCGAACGGGGCUCCGGAACAGAUCCCGUUCACAUCCAGAGGUACCACUGUAUACACAAUACCCCAGGUGACCAGGGUAAGCACUUCAAUACAUAACACCUGCCAUGCGGUGGGGGUGCUUCAUGUGAGGUUAGGGAGCCUGGUGGUUGACUUUACCUCUUUCUCUCCCACCCCACUAGGGCCUGAUAGCAUCCACCUGAGUGUGCAGCAGAAGACAAAAAGCCUUGCUCUUGAAAGCAGCAACGGGAUCCAGAACCAAGCCUUUAGUGGCUGCAACGAGGCUCCAAAGGACAGACCCAAGCAGGAGGGAUCUGAAGGAGUGGGUGGUAGCUGCCCAGAAGGAGCGGGCAUCUAG